UCAUUGCCUGAAUAUGGUGCAUUCCAAGCUAAAGAAUGUCAAAAUCAUUUGGAAAGUGCAAUUCUACCGAAAUUACCGGUAGAAAUUUUGUUGGGAAAGAAAAAUCUUGAAGUCCGUCCAACUUUAAUUAAUAAGGGCGAAAUUGUGAAACGUUUGUUGACAGGCAUGCAGGAUGUAGAUUUCGUAUUCUGUGCGGGUGAUGACAGAACAGAUGAAGAUAUGUUCAGAGUACUGAAAAGAACACCUGACUUUAAUGAUUUAGAGUGUUUCACAACUACCAUUGGACCUCCAACUAAAAAGACAUUAGCAGGUUGGCAUGUUUCUUCACCUGAAGAAAUAAUUCAAACUAUGAAAAAAUUAGCAGACUCAGCCUAA